AUGCAUUUGGAUAAGAAGUUCGAAUUGGAGGAGGUUGAUGGUGUUGUUGGUGGUGGUGGUGUUGAGGAGGAGGAGGAGCUGGUGGUGGUGGUUGAUGAGAAGGAGGAGGACCAGGAGGAGCUUGAUAAGUCACCGAUUCAACGAACUCUUCGCGUACUUGCUGAAUUCACCACUUCCCGUGCUGACAUACGUGUUAUUGCCCUUCAUUCUUCCUACCUCCUACCCCGUUUCCCUUACGUCUUUCAUUGUUCCUCCAGGCCUCUAGCUUCUGAUCCUGUCCCACCUCCGUUGCCCAUGGAGGUUCCUCGUGAUGAAGUAGAAGCACAGGACUAUCGAACGUUUUCUUCUACGACACUCGGUCUAGAAAGUAGGCGAAACGAGACGUGCUUCAUGAAUGCGCAGCUUUUCGCGUUGCUGCAGGUGGAGAAGGACGGUGCAAAGUCCCGAAUGGGAACGGAAAGGCCUAUCAUCCUUGACCCUGUGGUUCUAGUGUUUCGUGCCACCGUGUGGGCGAACACACACAGGCUAGGCUCCGAGAGUGUCAAGACAAGGAGCGAUGCUGUCGAUGUAUAG